GCCACCUCUCACCAAAUUUAUGUUCGUUUCCCAUCCAAUCUCACUUGGACAACGCCACAUCGCCCCCCCAAACCUUCCAAUCCAAUCUUUCAAGUCAAGGAACCUAUAUAUAUAUAUAAUAUAGUUCCACACUCUUUUCAACUUUAUUAUUGGGAUCCAUUUUUUCCGCCAAAGGUCAGAGCUUUUGGAUUGAUUGUUCUGAGUUAACCCAAAUGAGGAGGGUGGUUAUCGGAGCUACAGUGAUAGGUGCCGCGACUGCGUGUGCGGUGGCGGUUCUUCUGGUGCGCCACCACAUGAAGAAAUCACGACUGUGGGCCAGAGCGAUGGUCAUUUUACAGGAGCUGGAGGAAAAGUGCGCCACUCCCAUCGGGAAGCUGAAGCAGGUCGCCGAUGCAAUGACGGUGGAAAUGCACGCCGGGCUUGCCUCAGAAGGUGGAAGCAAGCUCAAGAUGCUCCUCACAUAUGUUGAUAAUCUUCCAAAUGGGAAUGAGGAAGGAUUAUUUUAUGCAUUGGACCUUGGAGGAACGAACUUCCGUGUGUUGCGAGUGCAACUGGGAGGGAAGGAUGGUGGUGUUAUUAAUCAAGAAUUUACUGAGGUGUCAAUUCCUACUAACUUAAUGGUUGGGACAGCAGAUGAACUCUUUGACUAUAUUGCAGCAGAAGUUGCAAAAUUUGUUGCCAAUGAAGGUCAAGAUUUUCAAGUUCCUCUUGGUAGACAAAGGGAGUUAGGUUUUACCUUUUCAUUCCCUAUUAUGCAAACAUCAAUUGCUUCUGGAAACCUCAUCAAGUGGACAAAAGGCUUCUCCAUAGAUGACGCGGUUGGUCAGGACGUUGUGGCAGAAUUGACAAAAGCCAUUGAGAGAAAAGGUUUGGAUAUGCGUGUAACAGCUCUGGUCAAUGAUACAGUUGGGACAUUAGCAGGAGGUCGAUAUACAAACAAAGAUGUCAUUGCUGCUGUUAUUUUAGGUACUGGAACCAAUGCAGCAUAUGUGGAGCGUGCUCAAGCAAUACCCAAAUGGCAUGGUCUUUUGCCGAAUUCUGGAGAAAUGGUUAUUAACAUGGAGUGGGGAAACUUCCGUUCAUCACAUCUUCCAUUAACUGAGUACGAUCUUUCACUAGAUGCCGAUAGUUUAAACCCUGGUGAUCAGAUUUUUGAGAAGUUAAUUUCUGGAAUGUAUCUGGGAGAAAUUGUCCGCCGAGUGCUAUGCAGAAUGGCUGAAGAAGCUUGUUUAUUCGGUGAUACUGUUCCUCCAAAAUUGAAAGUUCAAUUUAUAUUAAGGACCCCGGACAUGUCUGUGAUGCACCAUGAUACAUCUGCUGAUCUCAAUGUGGUUAGAAGCACACUGAAGAACGUCUUGGAGAUACCAGAUACCUCCCUGGAAGUGAGGAAGGUGGUUGUUCAGCUAUGCAACAUAGUUGCUACACGCGGUGCUCGUCUUGCGGCUGCUGGCAUCUUGGGGAUCUUGAAGAAACUAGGGAGAGACACCCUCGUGGAUGACGAGAAUCAGAAGAGCGUUAUUGCCAUGGAUGGUGGAUUAUAUGAGCAUUACGCAGAGUACAGCAAGUGCUUGGAGAACACCCUAAGUGAAUUGCUCGGUGAAGAUGUCUCUAAAACUAUUUGCAUUGAGCACGCGAAUGAUGGUUCGGGCAUCGGUGCAGCCCUUCUUGCUGCCUCUCAUUCACAGUACCUUGAUUGAUGGCAACUUAUAGCAAAAGUGAUAUGAGUUAUUACAUUUUUUUUUUAGGCUAUUAUCCAUUGAUGAUCCUUUCUUCGUACAAGUAGGGAUGACUUGUACAUUGAUAAUUCUGGGGCAGUUUUGCAAUUGUUGCCCCUUGACUGUGAUCAUCUCUUUUGAUUCGUUUAUAUUAUUCAUUGAGAAAAAUAUCUAUUUUACAUGGGAGAUUCUCUGGUAUGUAAACUUUGUGUUUGAAGUACUUGUGAGCAAUGGAAGCUGCAUUUCAUGUUGAAGAGACCUUUUCUAGCUGCAUGAAUGAAGAGGAGAGAUUUUUUA